UUACACUUCUCUCUCUCAGGAUAGAGUGAGUGUUCUCCUCAGAACAGGCUCUUUUACCCUGUUUUCUCUGCUCAUUUUGAGAGUUGCCAGUUUCCAGGGAGGAUUUGCUCUGUUUCGCUGCCACUCGUGAUUUCAGUGAAAAGAAACUCAAACGGAGAGCUGUUGCUGAGGAGACCUGUGUGUGUGUGUGUGUGUGUGCCUUUCUUUCUUUCUUUCCUUCUUCUCUCUUCUGUGUUUGUGCCAUUUCCACUCUGUUUUGGAUCCCCUAAACAUCCGCCGUGACAGACUCUCACUCAAGGACACAUCAUACCUCCACUUCAGCGGACAGCGACAAGCAUACCGAAGCCAAAGCAGCGGGCAGUGUUACAGCUCAGGUUGGGACAAAGACAAGCUGCCACCAGCCGGUCACCAUGGAGGGAGUCCAUGUCGCCCUUUUCCCGCUGACUGCUUUCAUAACAGGGCUCCUGCUGCUGUGUUCUGCUGGCUCUGCUCUAGAGCUGAACCCCAAUAUCAGGCAGAUCACUCUAGACACAAACUCCUCCUUCAGCAUCACCUGUUCUGGCUGGUCGCCGGUCAGUUGGCAUUUCAAACGAGAGGAGAGCAUCCCAGUGUUCCGUAUGGAGACCCGGACCAACACUACCAGCAUUCUGCAUCUGGAGCAAGUGACGUGGACUCACACUGGAGUGUACGUGUGCUCUGAGGAUGAGAGCAAUACAGAGAUAGAGCUGGCCAUCUAUGUGCCUGACUCUGAGGUGUGGUUUUUGGAGAAUGAGUAUUACAUGGUCACUAAGACUGGAGAAGAGGGGAUAAUCCCAUGCCUUGUGACAGACCCUCGCAUAAACGUGACCCUGCAUGACAGAGCGACACAGAGCCUGGUGAAGGGCGAGUAUUUGCCCAGCAUGGGGUACAAAGCCGUGCUGGAGGACCAGACAUACAUGUGCAGAGGAGAACUGAAUGGAGAGGAGAAGUGGAGUGAACUAUACUACGUCUUUAGCAUCUUAGUUCCUGAGACACUGGACGCCCACAUCAAUGCCUCAAAGACGGUGCUGAAACAGGGCGAGCCGCUCAGCAUUAACUGCACCGCCAUCGGAGUGGAGCUGGUCUUCUUCUACUGGGACUUCCCAAACAAAGAUGUAAUUGACAUAGAGCCCCUGACAGAUGUGCUGUCAACCAUCAGCAUGCGCUCCUGCCUGAACAUUUCCAAUGCCACGCUGGUGCACUCAGGACAGUACGUCUGCCAUGCGCAUGAGGAUGUGGGCAACCAAGAGACUUCAGCCAGCAUCAACAUCACUGUGCUGGAGAAAGGAUUUGUGGCACUGAGUUCGUUCAUGGGCCCCAACGUUUCAGCCCAGUUGCAUGAGAACAUUCAGCUGAGGGUGGAGGUGGAGGCCUACCCCAAACCUCUCAUCCGCUGGACUAAAGACGGAGCCGUCAUCAAAGGGGACAACAUCAUCAAUGUGAGACAGGAACAUGAGACCAGAUAUGUCAGCACAUUGACUCUUGUGAGAAUCCGGCUGGAGCAGAAAGGAUAUUACUCUGUUCAAGUUGCCAACGAGGAUGCUUCCAAAGAGAUGAUCUUUGACCUAGAGGUUAAAGCUCCUCCUCAGAUAACAGAGCUGUCAGACCAUCACCUGCCGGGGAAGAAGCAUGCUGUCACCUGUGUGGCCGAGGGAGUUCCUUCUCCCAGCAUUCAGUGGUUGAGCUGUGAUGGCAUGCACAAAUGCAGUAACAGAAGCGUAGCGUGGAGCCCCCUGGUGUCCCAUCCGGAAAGCAUCAACAUUGUGACUAAUGCCACCUACAAUGACACGCGCAAGAUCCACCAGGUGCACAGUCAGGUGAUCUUCCUCCACCCUCAGCAGAUCACCGUGCGCUGCCUGGCCAAAAAUGAGGGAGGAGCUCGUGCACGGGAUAUCAAACUCAUCACCAGCACUCUGUUCUCUCAGGUGGCUGUUCUGGCUGCUGUUUUGGCUUUGGUUGUCAUAGCUAUCAUCUUCAUCAUCAUCCUCAUUGCCGUGUGGAGGAAGAAACCAAGAUAUGAGAUCAGGUGGAAGGUGAUUGAGUCAGUGAGUCUGGAUGGUCAUGAGUACAUUUAUGUGGACCCCAUCCACCUGCCCUACGACCUGGCCUGGGAGAUGCCCCGAGACAGCCUAGUGCUUGGUCGUACUCUGGGAUCAGGAGCAUUUGGUAGAGUAGUGGAGGCCACUGCAUAUGGACUCAGCCAUUCACAGUCCUCCACUAAAGUUGCUGUUAAAAUGCUCAAAUCCACGGCACGUAGGAGUGAAACUCAGGCACUGAUGUCGGAGCUGAAGAUCAUGAGCCACCUUGGCCCUCACCUCAACAUUGUCAACCUGCUGGGAGCUUGCACCAAACAAGGCCCACUGUACCUGGUGACGGAGUACUGUCGCUAUGGAGACCUGGUGGACUACCUGCACAGAAACAAGCAGAGCUUUCUGCAGCAUUAUGCUAACAAGAACCACCUUGUUAAUGGCAACGACAGUCAAAUCUGCCUGGACUCCGAGGUGCCUUCUGGAAAAGGCUACGUGUCAUUUGGCAGUGUGAGUGAUGGUGGUUAUAUGGACAUGAGUAAAGAGGAGAUGACUGAAUAUGUGCCCAUGCAAGAGCUCGCAGACACCAUCAAAUACGCAGACAUCCAGCCCUCUCCAUAUGAGUCCCCAUACCAACAGGACAUCUACCAGGAGCAAGGUCACAGAGUGGACCUUUCUCUGGUUAUCAGUGACUCUCCUGUUCUGAGCUACACUGACCUGGUGGGCUUCAGCUUCCAGGUGGCCAAAGGCAUGGAGUUCCUGGCCUCUAAAAAUUGUGUUCAUCGGGAUCUGGCAGCAAGAAAUGUGUUGAUCUGUGAGGGAAAGCUUGUGAAAAUCUGUGACUUUGGACUGGCCAGAGACAUCAUGCAUGACAACAACUACAUCUCCAAAGGCAGUACAUUCUUGCCCCUGAAAUGGAUGGCUCCAGAGAGCAUCUUCCAUAACCUCUACACCACACUAAGUGAUGUCUGGUCAUUUGGCAUUUUACUGUGGGAGAUAUUUACUCUAGGAGGAACUCCAUAUCCAGAUCUGCCUAUGAAUGAGCUGUUCUAUAAUGCUCUAAAAAGAGGAUACCGCAUGGCCAAACCCAUGCAUGCCUCAGAGGAAAUAUAUGAGGUGAUGAGGAAGUGCUGGGAGGAGAAGUUUGAGAAGAGGCCUGAGUUCUCUUUUCUGGUCCAGGCCAUGGGGAACAUGCUCACAGAGACCUAUAAAAAGAAAUACCACCAGGUCAAUGACAACUUCCUAAAGAGUGACCACCCAGCAGUGGUGCGCACCAAGCACAGGGUGCCCUCUCCAUUCCCAGUCACCCUCUCUCCUUCAUCCCCUUCCUCCACGUUCCCUCCAUCCUCCACUCCCAAUCCUUGCUUGGACGGGGAGACAGCAAUGACCCCUUACAAUGGCUACAUCAUCCCCAUCCCGGACCCCAAGCCAGAGGAAGAUUGCCAGGAGGCUACUCUGCCAACAGAAGUCCCCUCGAGCUCUGUGGGUUCUGAAGCGGAGACGGUGUCCUUGGAAACCCCCAGCAUGGAGGCAGAGCAGGAGGAUCUGCUGAAAGAGCACUCCAAAACUCCAGAAGUAGAGGAGAGUUUCCUGUGACCCUACGUAGCAUCCGGUCACCAGGAAGUAAAUCAAGAGAUUAACAUACAAAACAAAAAGCAAACAGCAGCAGCUCUGUAAGAUAUUUCACAGUUUUCUUAGAAAUGAUGGCUACAACUGAGAACAGUCACAUUUAUACCAGAAGAUCGUUCAGAAAAGGAUUAAAUAUUAGAUCCUAGCUUACAAACGAGGCAUCGUAAAGGAAAUCAGGUCAUUUUGUUUCAGUCUUGAGGAAUAGCUGGAGAUCAACAAGACUAUAACACAGUAUUAUAUAAGAAAUCAUUGAAACCUUCAUAUGACAACCUGUUAUUACUAUUAGAGCGCAAUUAGGCCUCAUAAAUGCAGAUCUGUGGAAAGAAAUGAUGUCCAGCUGAAGAUAUGAUAUCAGGAUAGGGCUAGGGGAUCUUAUCCCCCCUUCUUUGUGAAAUCAGGUUACGGUACUAAUUUUUCAGCGUAAUGGUACAUUGUAAUGCAUUUAACUGCCUAAAGUGAAGCUACAAACAAUACAUAAUCAGUAUUGAAAAGAGAUGCUGUGAUUGUCAUUGGAUUUUGUAGCAUGGAAGAUUUUGCUUGUCAUUUUGUAGGAUUGACGACUUCUGUCUUAUUUUGUACGAUUUUCAAUAUAGUCAAGCUGCAUAACUGACAUUUUAAUGAAGGACAUAUUUGUGUUUAUGAGCUACUUUUGUUCAAAUAUUUUCUAUUUUAGCUUAUUCUUUCCUGUUGUGCAGAACAUUUAUUUUGAGACAGUAUCAUUUUACUAUAUUUUGCAUUAUAGAGAAGGGAAUUUGUAAAAAACCUUGUAGCAGAUUUGCACUUUACAGCCUCAUGGACAUUUUUCACCUAGAUUUUAUCUGAUUUUUUAACUCUUUUUUUAUUUUAGUGAAGGAAAUGGUAUGUCAACAGAUCUAAUAGUGAUUAAAGAUUGUAUUUUUGGUUGCAAUUUUAUGUCCAUUACAGUGUUGGAAUAAGAAUUCCUUAUUCCCUAAAGCAUUGUACUGAAUACAGACUGAAACACUAGUGAAACUCAGCACAGGUUAAGGUAUUAGAAACAGGGCGACUAUGUGUGAGAUUUUCUUCUUCUUUGUUUUGUUUUACAAACUCGUUUAGCGUCUAGAGAGAAUCUGUGUCUUUACUGCUUUCAGGUCAGUAUGAGCUACAGUGUGUUGUGCCUGCUUGAGGUGGAAGUUUCUUUUAACACUGAUACAGGACCAGUUCCUUCUCAUAUCCAUCCUUAAAGGGGAAUUCCACUGAUUUUUCAAAAUUGCUACUUAAUCUAAUGUGUGGGAUGUAAACAAAGUCAGAGUAGUUUAAUGUGAAGCGGUGUAUUUGUCAUUUUGUCUUUUUUUUUUUUUUUUUACAGUGGUGGUGACCCAGGGGUCAUGAUGUCUGAAGUGCAAAAAUAGCCACACAUGUCUUCUUGGUUUGAUAGUACUAAAAUAGCAUUAAAUCUGAAAAAGGAAGUAUUCUUUCUGGGUUAUUUUGCUUUACCACACCCUGCAUGUGCCCCUCCACCAUCAACAGAUCACAAAACUAUCAUAAAAUAAUGUCUAACAACUUUCUGUGAGGUAGAUUUUACGGGCAUUAAACUCUUCAGACGUCUGGUUCCUAUCACCACCACUGUGAACAAUUCUGACUCAGUUUCUCUACAAUGGAGCAUUUCACACCAAAUCACUCUGAAUGACUUUCUUUACAUCUUAACGAUUGAAGUGGAGUUCCUCUUUAAUCAUUAUCCUGCGUGCGGUUAGAUGAAACUGACCUCAGGACAGUGUCUACAGUCAACUUGCCCGAGCGCCUUAUCACCCAGUCCAGGACUGUAUUACUGUCGUCCCGUGAAAAAGCCGCCUGUUUUGUGAAUUCACAGAAUGACCUAUAGCUCUUCACCUUUCUUUUCUUUUUAUUUUCCUCUUUCUUUUCUUUUUAUUGUAGCCCUUUUUUUGUAUAUGAGCCAAACAUUAUUUAGUGUCACUCCAUAUAUCACACUUUACGUGAAAAUAUCACACGCUAUGGUACCAAAGCUUUUACAAUAUGUAUGUUUACAAGUGUAUUUUUGUAUAAAUAUUUUGUAUGCUGUACUUUAUUGUACUGAAUAUGUUCUAUGUAAAAUAUAUAAUAAAGUUUAGAAAAAUAUCUAUUACCCCUUA